GCUUAGUCGGUAUCUAUGCACAUAAUCAACAAAAACAAGCAGAACGCUCAUCCUUUGGCUUAGUCGGGAACUAUGCACAUAAUCAACAAAAACAAGCAGCACCAUCAUCCUUUGGCUUAGUCGGGAACUAUGCACAUAAUUAACAACAACAGGCAGCAGGCUCAUCCUUUGGCUUAGUCGGGAACUAUGCCCAUAAUCAACAAAAACAAGCAGCACCAUCAUCCUUUGGCUUAGUCGGGAACUAUGCACAUAAUCAACAAGAACAGGCAGCAGGCUCAUCCUUUGGCUUAGUCGGGAACUACGCGCAAAAUCAACAAAAACAGGCAGCACCAUCAUCCUUUGACUUAGUCGGUAGGUAUAAAAACCAAGAAUUAUCACAACAACGUUCAGCAUUCGAAGAAGUUGGUGCAUAUAAACCUCAGUCGCAGUCAAAAAGCAGCUUGUCUGAGUGCAAUGUUGAAGACGUUGAAACAGUAGCAUUGGUACAAGGAAUGUUUCAAACACCUGAUACAUUGAAACCAAACAAUACAUUUGAAAUUGGUGGAUGGUGGGGCGGUUCAUCGGAUGCAUCUGAGAAUGAAGCUAAUCUUCCAAAAUGUGACAUGAAAGAAAUGGAUGCUUGUCAUAUGUCAAGUAUGGAAGGUGAAACACGAGUUUGUUAUAAUCAACAAAAUGAUAUAAUUGAUUAUGGUAAACGUAUUUUAAACUCAAGUAAUGUACAAUUUUGGCGUCCAUUAAAUAUGAAUUUAUUACCAUUUCCAAAUGUUUUCAAUAUAACAACAAGUCAAAUGAAUUCUAUUCCAAAUUGUAAUAAAUCAAUUGUUUGUCAUAAUGUUGAUAAUGAUUGUAGUGUACAAAUGUGUCAUGCAUUACCAGGUACAAAAGCAUAUCAGAUCGAAAUUAAAUAUAAGAAUUUAAUUAAUUCAGUUAUUAUGAUUGCUGUAUGUCAUUAUAAAACAAAUGAAUUUGAUAAAGAUGGAAUUGCAUUUCGUAUUUUACAUAAACAACCAGGUGAUCCUAUUUGCCAUUUUUUUUCACCGCGUGAUUUUGUUAUGUGUGGGAAGACAUGGCACAGUGGGCAACAACGUGGACAAUAG